AUGACUUCUGAUAAAAAAGAAUCUAAGAAUAAACAAAAAGAAGGAUUUAAUUCAAGAAAAUUUUUAAUUGAUUUAGCUUCUGGUGGUACUGCAGCUGCAGUAUCAAAAACUGCUGUUGCACCAAUUGAACGUGUCAAACUUCUUCUCCAAGUUCAAGAUGUUUCAACAACCAUUUCAAAAGAAAACAGAUACAAAGGAAUUAUGGAUGUCCUUGUUCGUGUACCAAAAGAGCAAGGUGUAGCUGCAUUGUGGAGAGGAAAUUUAGCUAAUGUUAUUAGAUAUUUUCCCACUCAAGCUUUAAAUUUUGCUUUCAAGGAUACAUUCAAUAAAAUGUUUACAGAUGGACUUCAUAAAAAAAAUGAUUUUUGGAAAUAUUUUGCUGGUAAUCUAGCUUCUGGUGGUUGUGCUGGAGCUGCUUCACUUUGUUUUGUAUACCCACUUGAUUUUGCUCGUACUAGACUUGCUGCUGAUAUUGGUAAAGGAUCAUCAAGAGAAUUUAAAGGAUUAGGAGAUUGUCUUGUUAAGAUUGUUAAAUCAGAUGGUCCAAUUGGUCUUUAUAGAGGAUUUUUUGUUUCUGUUCAAGGAAUCAUUAUAUAUCGUGCUGCAUAUUUUGGAAUGUUUGAUACAGCUAAAAUGGUUUUUGCUCCAGAUGGUAAAAAACUUAACUUUUUUACUACCUGGGCUAUUGCUCAAGUUGUUACUGUUGGCUCUGGUAUUCUUUCAUAUCCAUGGGAUACUGUUAGAAGGCGUAUGAUGAUGCAAUCUGGACGCAAGGAUGUUCUUUACAAGAAUACUUGGGACUGUGCUGUAAAAAUUAUUAAAAAUGAAGGUAUGGGUGCUAUGUUCAAGGGUGCUUUAUCAAAUGUCUUCCGUGGAACUGGUGGUGCUCUUGUUCUAGCUAUUUAUGAUGAAAUUCAAAAACAUAUUUAG